UGGAAGUGCAUGUAGGUGUGUGCAGGUGUGUGCAGGUGUGUGUAGGGGACUUGCCCAGGCUCCAUUACGAGACUUCAUUUGCCCACCAAAACCCAGAGAACGCGCAAUGUCGAGUAGCACAGGGGCUCGGCAUGUGCAGAGCGACGGUGGUGUUGCGCAAGAGGGCGUCGGACGAAUCGCAGGCGAGCUGAGCCUUUGGGGGAGUCUGGGUUCCACAUACCCAUUGGCAAGACAUCAUUUCCCGUUUGUGAUAUGUCGAUUAUUAGAGUACACAAGCCAGAGCACUGUCAAGUCCCACCCCUUUUCCAUGGCCCUUAGUCCCUUCCAAAUCCACAAGAAAUUCCGAGGUCUCUAG